AUGCUCCGACAUUACAAAAAGAGGCACUACUACGCCGCCGCCACGGCUCGGCGGCCCGAGUACCGGUGGUGCGGCGUCGAGCAGGUCGACGAGGCGGUCCCCAUGUCGACCCGGAGCAACGGCUGGCGCUACCUGGGCCCUCGGGAGGGAGAGACCUACAGGCGCCAGGCGGUCUUCGGGGCCGGGUUCCGCCUUCACCUGCCGUUCCCCCGCCUCCCCCCGGGGCCGGGGCACCGCUGGUUCAACUCGCACCCGCUCGGCGGGGAUCCCGACCUCCCGGAUUUUCAGGCCUGGGCGCGGACGAUGCUGCGCAGGCGCCUGGUGCACCCGCGCGAUGCCGACGCCUGGCGGGCGGCCUUCGUCGACGUAGAGGGCAGCGGCCACGGACAGCUCGUCGUGUCCGCCGCGGACGAGACCUGGCGAGUGAUACUCUGCUGGGGAUCACGGGGCCGAAGGAUCGACGUUAACCAGCACAGCAUCCCUACAUCUCUCGUCGACCUGCAGGUCCGCGCCGGCGUCACAUCGGAGGAUCCACGCUUCAGACAGCUCAACAUCGCAUGCUUCGGCCACCGACUCGUGAGGCACGAUCCCGUGACCGAGUUCGGGGUUACUUGGACGGAGCGAUCCCCGGGUGCCUAUCUGGCGGUCUUGGUCGCAGAUUCGUGGCGAGACUGUCAGAUCGAUCUACUCGAACGAGAUCAACGGAGAUUUGCGUUCGACCUGCUCUCAGGUGUCAAGCGUGCAGCGCCGAACGCCCUGGAUGGGGGAAACUAUUUCUGCAAUCUCUACUCGAAAAUCCUCGAGAGGGAUGUUGGUUUAACAGAGUUCUCGGCGUGGCUUUUGGGCGAAGAAUGUACACCGGCCGUUACUGUCCGUCAUCUCGAGAAGUGGCUCAAGACCACCAAGGCGUCAGUCGUCGUAUGGUCACACAGGGGCUCCGGGGCCGAAGUUCGCGGUCCCAAGGAUCAGCCGACGAGUCUCCGACCCCGAGCGCUUCACGUCGGGGUUCGCGAGGGCCACGUGUACCGCCUGGUGCUCGAUGGCCCUUGGAAGGAUCGCUUCACCAGCGCUCGCGAGGGGGCGGUCGGUCCAUCUCUGGAUGUGGCGGUCGAGCACUGCGCGCGCACGAGGCGUCUCUUUCGCCGUGUUGCCGAGGCGGCCGAGGAGGGGGAGGGAGAGGAGAAAUCGGAUGGUGACACCAGAACCUUCGGUCGUUGCGCGGACAUGACGCAGGCAAUCCUCGCCACGGGCCAGACGGAGACGGACCAGCAGACCACUCGUAAGCGCAGGAGAGGAGUCGAUGACAAGGCGGACAGCAAGGAGACCUGGCUGACCAGCUACAGCCACCGGGAUUCGUUGUCGUUGCCGGCGCACGGCAUAAUAGUUCGAACCUGGCGCGGCGCGAGUAUGGACGGACUGGAUCCGGAUUCGCUCGAAUGCGACGAAGCUACUCGUCUGAUCGAGCUGCACGGCACGCUGGGGCGCAAGCUCAUUGGCGGUGUGAUGGAUUUUCGGGUCUCGAGUGAGUACAGCCCGUCCCUUCUCGCGCUGCUCGAGGUUUGUUGGAGGGGACCUAUCGCCGGGGCAGAAGAUGCGCUGGGCACAACCUAUGGACCGGGGGACUGGCAGUGCGACAUCAACGGGGCGCACACGGCGGCAAUGCCGAGCAUGGAGAAUCUGCCGGCGUUCACCCAUAUGGACGACGGGCAGGCAUUCGACGGCCACGACAUCGAGGAUUGGACGUUGUGCGUCGUCCGCCUGGAAGCGGGUGGCGAUCCCGACGUGUUCCGAUACUUGGCGCUCAUUCAAACCCCCGCCCUAAACCGCGUAACCCACUUCGUGCGACCUGCGAGGACGGAUCGGAAGUGCCACAUACCCGAGCUCGUGCAGGAUGUGCUGGCCCGGGAUCUAGGGGAGCCCCUCCUCCAAGACCUGGACGCUGCUCGCAGGUUCAAGAAGGGUCUGCUGGUUCGCACGAGUGGCUUGCUGCAGCGGAGACACGCCCACAGGAUCAACGCCGUCAUGGUCACUACCAGCGAUGAGGCCAUGGCUGUGGGGGGUAAGAUCGUGCCCGUCCUCGGCGAAGUUAAUCGCAUCAAAUCGGAGCUGCGAAAGAAUGGUACCGAUGGGGAGCUUGGCAUCGAGAAACUCGACAGCGGCGACGCCUACCUUUCUUUCGAGGCUAGCCGGGUUUGGUACCGAGACGGAUUCUGGGCAUUGGGGACGCUCAUCCUCGACGAAACUCGCCUGCGUGUGUUGGAGGUGCGGAACAUGCUUGAGGCGUGUGGGGGUUCUGCCUUCAGCUACCAGUGCGACGCUGUGUUCUUCAGGGGACCUCCAGAGGUCCAGGAGGAAGCAAGGCACCGCUACGAGCAUCUGUUUAGCGGCGAACCAAAACGCCCGGCACUCUCAAGCGGCAUCGGGGAGGCCUUCAGCACCAUGGAAGCCGCGCAUGCAGCCUGGCGAUUUGUCGGUAAGGAUGACAAAAGGAAGAUGUGGCCGGAUAUCUGCGCGGCAAAGUCACCAGCAAGUCUUGAGCAACUUCUCCGCGAGCUGAUGUCGCAAGAGGACAGGGUCCUUGGGUUUUUCAUCGGCGACGACGCGCGCGUCAGGAAGACCGCGGGCUCGAUACAUAUCCCGAGGGUGGACGUUGUCAUAAUCGAGGAAGCCGUGUACAUGUCUCUCCAUGCGCUCAGCAUGAUCCUCGCCGCCGCUCACAGCAGCGGCGUCCACGUCAUCGGAACGUAUGACACGCACCAGCUGCAGCUCGUUCGUGAGAGCAGUGGCAUGUCUAUCAGCGUUGACAACGUCGACAGGCAACUCGUUCUCGAGCGAGCAUUUCCCACCUGCUUUCACCUGUUCGCACGCAAGCGGGACAGGACGAUCGACGAACAGGUCGAAAUGGACGAUAGUCUGUUGUACAUCUUGGACGCGGGGGACAACAGUUCCAAAGCGCAGAGCCGAGCCCUGGAGAGAUUUAGCGGGGUCGAAACCACAAGGCACGGCCCACACAGAUCGAUUUCCACCUCACAUAUACAUGGGAUUGUGCGAGGACAGAGCGGGGUGGUGGGUGCUCAGUAUCGAGACCUCGGGAAGACAGGCAAGGUGCACAAGAACCACGCCUACCACAUCGUUCGUUCGUCGGCCGACUCCGUCGUCGUGCAAAGUGCCUUCGACGACGGCGCCACCCUCGAAGAGAACACCCUCAGUCGCGCCGCGGCAGCGAUCCUGUUUGAUCCCCCGGGUUCGUGUACGCUGCACGCGGUUCAGGGUCGCACAGUGGAAGGGAAGUUGGUGAUCCACCAGGCUCGGCACCGAUUUUCAGACGUUUACGGGCUUUACACAGCCGUCAGCCGAGCCACGGGGCCCUCAAACGUCGUCGUUCUCAUGACGCCCAUCGUAGCAAAGAUUUUGAGCUACCUGCGCGCCGAUGUGGCCGCCGGGCGGCUAGAUGACGAGGACGGAGGGCAUCACAAGGACGCCCUUAUCGAAGAACUCUCGCGCUCCUACCGUGGGAGAUGCAACUCAUGCUCGCUCGAGCUCGUCUGGGCAGUGUACAGCAAGGGUCAGCCGACGCUUGAUCGUCUCGAUUGCGCCCUACCCCCACACACCGGGCAACGUUGA